AUGCAUGUGGCUAAAACAACUAAUGAGUAUAUAUAUAUAUGUAUAUUUAUAAAUUUUAUUGGAGUUACAAGAAUGUUGGAUGAAGAUGAUGUUGAGAUUAUUCAUUCAAGUCAAUCUAUCGAAGGUUCACCUAAAUAAGUGAUUGACAUUUAAAUUAUUCCCAACCUCUAAUCUGAUAAUCAAAAACUGUAGUAGAGCAAUAAGUCUCUGGAGAUGGAGGUCAAACAAUAUAAGCAAUUAUUGGAGUAAACCUUGGAAACUCUGCGAUAAUCUGAAAGAGAUCAAAAUACUUUGAAACUUUAACUUUCCUAAAAAGAUUUUUAACUUUAAGUCAUACAGGCGACUGCUGAAGAUCGUUAAAAGAGUCAUAGAAUUGAUUCGCAUAAAAAAAUAAAAGACAGCAAUUCUAACCGAGAUUCAUUUGGCAAUAAAUAAACAAAUGUGUCUUCAGUUGGUGGUUUUUUAUCAUCCAUUUAAAGUCCUCGUUGUCGAUGUGAUAGCUUUCAUGCCCGAGGAUAGACACUUAUUGAAACCUUGAGAAAGAUUCAAUUCUCUUUAAAAUAAAAUGAACAAGCACCUCAUUCCCAAGACCUAGUCAAAGUAUUAUAAGAGUUCGAGGAAAAUUUAAAAUAUUUUUUAACUCUUCAUGACUAAUAUGCAAUAGAAAUUCACCAAAAUAAAUUGGAUUAAACAGAAAAACCCACUUAACUUAAGCAACCCUCCACACAUUCCAUAAGUGAUCAUUUUCAUUCUGUGGAAGACUACAAUAUUAAUUAAAGUCCAAAUUAGGAGAUAUUUAACAAUGAUGACCUCGACACCAGCCAAUUCGAAGUGUUUCGAAAUGUCAUUGGCUAAAGUGAAUGA